AUGGGAAUUUACUUAGCUGUAUACAAUGUAUUUCAGCUAAUUGGCUGGCUUACUAUUGUUUCGUUAGUAAUUUUUUAUGCUCCCUUUACACUUGAAGUGUAUUCAGUGCCAAUAAUCAGGUUAACUGUGAUUAUUUUUCAAAAUCUCAUGGGUCUUGAAGUAAAUUUUACUUACUCCUUCCUUACUCUGUAAAUUUUUUGACUCAAGAAGAUUAUUUUUGAUCCUUUUUUUAAUUCCAAUUAAAAGAAAUAAAAUAUCAAUAUUAAUUUUAUUAAGCAUACAGUAAUCUAAAGGAAUUUGAAAAUAAAUAUAUUGUUAUAUUAAACAUCUCAGAUAAUUCCCAAAACUCAGAUUUUCAUUAUAUCUUUCAAAAGAUUUAGAUUUUGCACUCUUUACUUAGACUCACUCCAUCACCUUUAGCCACAACCUUUAUGCAAGUAGGUGGCAGGAUAUGCUUCGUCUGGGGCUGCAUGGAACUUGAGCCAAAAGUAAUUUUUACUUAGGCAGCUGCAGCCACACCUCUUUUACUUGCUUGGAGUUCUGCAGAAGUUAUUAGAUAUUCCCACUACUUAUUCGCCUCAUUAGGGACCCCUACACCCAAGUUCAUGCUCUGGCUAAGAUAUUCCGCAUUUAUCGUUCUUUGCCCAAUGGGAAUUUUUUCAGAAAUCCUCUGAUGGUACGCAGCUUUCCCUAUUAUUGAAAAAUGCUGCCCAAGGGUGUAUUCGAUAGAAAUGCCAAAUGCCUAUAAUUUUGCAUUUGAUUAUCUUAUUAUGCUCAAGAUCUCUCUACCACUGACUUAUAUUAUUGGUUUUCCUUAUAUUUAUAAAUACAUGCUCACACAAAGGACACGCAAAAUAAAGGAGGAUUAA